AACAAAACAUUUUAGUCAGCAAAAAUGAACCUAUAACUGAUCGAUAUGUUGUCAUUCACAUACACGAAAUUGGGAACAUAAUGUCGUAUAUAGCAGUAGAGUAAAAGUGAUGAUAAAAGUCUCCUAUUAGUCACUGUUUUACAGCUAGCAGUUUCGGCGUACCAAUAUUGGACUUGAGAUGCUACACAAUGAGCGAGAUUUGUGAGUCUGGAAAAUGCACGGGAGACGGCAUAUAGCAUUUCGCAUCAGGAAAUGCUCGUUUGUUUGUUUGAUAAGCAAAGAAAUGAUGCCCUUUCACCUUCAUUGAAGCAGGGUUAUAGGAACAAAAUGCUCAGUUUAAUUUAAUCCAUUUAUAAUGCUCAAACUGUCAAGGGUUGCUCUAUCCUUUAUUCUUCCAAUGCAUCGGGAUUAAAUGUUAUAUUUGUAGGUUUUCUAAUUGUACUAAGAAUGUCUGAAACCGCUGACAGUUUAAUAGAAGUGUUAAGGGAACAGUGUCUUAUACAGGGACAAAAUGGAAUAAAGGGACUGAGCGUUGUAUUCCGGGCAAUGGACAUUGACUACUCCAAAAGAAUUGUGUACGAGGAGCUGAAAAUUGCGCUUGAAAAAUUUGGACUUCUUAUGUCUGAAAAUUAUUUACGAACAUUGUUCAACGCUUUAGAUUUAAAUGACAGCGGAGGAAUAGAUUUUUGUGAGUUUAUGCAUAAACUUCGCCCAUCAUUAAAGCAGUGCCGAAUUGAUGUUAUCAAUGAAGCUUUCGAAAAACUUGACGUGAACAAAGAUGAAGCUAUCAUGAUAGAUGAUCUUCAAGUUAUAUACUCGACCAACGCAAAGCAGCACCCAAAGUUUAUUUCUGGUGAAUGGACAGAAGAGCAAGUGCUUCGGAACUUCUUGGACAGUAUCGAUACACCUGGUAAUCCGGAUGGGAAGGUGACACGUGAAGAGUUCAUGAACUAUUACGCCGGGGUCAGUGUAACAGUGGAUGAUGACAGUUACUUCGAUCUUAUGAUGAGAGCGUGUUAUGGUCUACCAAUACGAGGAAGUUAAUAAUCUUUUAUGAUUGCCUUUGCACGUAAAUAAAAAAUGCAGAUGCUUUCACCGGCAUACAGUUUUCAUGCAAAUGACUCCCGAUAUAUCAAACUUGUAAUUAAUUUAACGUUUCGACAAAACAUAUACUGUAUUAACUUUAAUUGCAUUAUCGUAUAAAUUUGCACAGUUGGAACUUAGAUGUGUCACGGUUUAGAACAGUGCUAUGUUUACUGGGGAAGAUGUGUAAGCUUCCGGAUAGCUCAGUCGGUUGACCUGCGGAACGGUAUUCCUUGGUGCCCAACGGGGGAACAUGCCUGAUUAUAGCUCAGGGUUUAAUUCACUUUGCUCUGGACAUUUGUUUCGUCCCGUGACAGAUGCACUGUACAUUGUACUUAAAUCUCAAAGACUCAUCAUCGAUUAAUUUCAAAACAUAUGACUGAUUAUAAACGCACUCCAAACUUUAGUCAUUGUUAUGGAAGCAAAUACGAGGGCCAUCAUAUCAACAUGUGUACUGAUGAAUUUUCAGUUCCUUAAACUUUUGCACCCUUAGAUCUAUUUAGUCAUUGUCAAUAAGUAGAUCUUUUCUUUUUCACACGACAUCGCUUGUUUUCAGUGGGAUAUAGUACGUCUACUUUUUAUUUCAUACACAUUUAAAUAAAAAAAACGAACAAUAUCCCGAGUUAAAAGUUUUUCGACAUUUUCUUGCUUUUUUGUAGUAUCAUAUGACAAAUAGAAUAUUUCAUUUAUUAUAGACUUACAAUAAACUUGUCCAAGACAUAUGUUAAAGAGCUUUACAAGUGACCUCGGUUAUUAUUUUAUAUGAUUUGGCAACCAA